CUUGAUGUCCUGCUUGCCCGGAGGGCCACUCCACAAAGAUGGAAGCUGAAAGUGCUGGAUUUACAGGUGAACGCUGACCGCACCUUCUGGGACGUGUGGUUGGGGACUCACGCGGAUGAGACCUCCUCAGAGGCCACGCAGCCCGGGACUCAGACCCAGAACGGGCACCCUGCGAGGCCAGGCGAGACGUUUGCAUCCUUGGCCGCCCCGGUGGCGGUGGUGUUUCCCAACCUGUGUUUUCAGAAGACGGACCAAGAUGAGCUCCUCAACUUCCUCACGGAGCGGGUCACGCAGGGAAAGGACCUGCCGCACCUGUGCUGCACGAAGCUGGAAUUUGGGAGGCCUGUGCCCCACCACCCCAUCGUGAUGGAGAGGAUCCUGAAAAUGGUGCAGCUGGACGCUGUCCAGGAGGUGGAAGUGACUUGCAAAUGGGACCUGGACUACCUCAACUGGUUCGCUCCGUACCUGGCCCAGAUGGGUCACCUGCAGAGCCUCCGUCUCUCUGGGAUCAGGCUGGGCUGCAGGUGGUUCAGCAGCAAGGACGAGGUGGACGAGCAGCUUGCCCGGCUCACCUCUCAGCUCUCCCGGCUGCGUUCCCUCCAGCACCUCAUCCUGAGGGGCAUCACCUUUUGCCACGACCACCUCUACAAGCUGCUCAGAGGCUUGCCAACCCCACUGGUGUCCCUUGGGAUAGUGGAUGGCUUGCUUUACUUCUCUGACCUGACACACCUGUCCUUGUGUCCCUGCCUCCAUCAACUCCGGUUCUUGGACCUGCAUGGGGUCUGCAAGGUUGGCUUAGAUCAUUCCUUCCUCCACCUUUUGAUAGAGAGCACCUCAGCCACGCUGACCCACCUGGACUUAGGCGACUGUAACAUCAAGGACCGCGACCUCAAGGCCCUGCAGCUCGCUCUGGGCCACUGCUCUCAGCUCAGAACCUUGCUGUUGUGUGGAAACCCCAUCUCCACGGUUGCCCUGCAGGGCCUGCUGCACCACACCUUCCCUCUGUGCAAGCUCUCCCUUGUGGAGCUCCCUGUCCCUCCGCAUUGCUAUGUGGGCCCAGCACACUUUCUGCACCUGAACCGUCUUGUCCGGGCGAUGGACCAGCUGAGGCUGACCCUGCCGGUGCACAAGGUCCACUCCCUCAACUUUGCACACAGUCCUGACAGCCGUGCCUACGAUGCGAUCCUCCUACAUCUAGACAAUGGACGGACGUCAUGA